AGCUCUCCUGCUCUUGGGCCUCCUGAGCAUGGUGGUUUCCAGUGGCACCAGCUGCCCAGCCUGCAACCUGGCAGCCCUGGCACCCGGCGCACGGCGGGACGCGCUCCUGGCGCUUGCAAAGCAGAACAUCCUCUCCGAGCUCCGCAUGCAGGAGCGGCCCAGCGUGUCACGACCCCUGUCCCGGGGGGCCCUGCUGGCAGCACUGAGCAGGGUCGGCACCCGCAGCCCACUAUCUGCUGCCCCUCCGGCGCUGCCCCCCAGUGCCCAGCGCUACCAGGUGCUCAGCUUCGCCGAGUCAGGAUCCUCCACUCUGGGCAGAAUUCGCCUGAAUUUCCGCUUCACCCAAGAGCUGGGCAGAAGCGUUGAGAUCCUGCAAGCCAGUUUGUACCUCUUCUGGGCAUCCCCCGGCCCCGGCACACACCAGGUCACUGUAAAACUAUUGGAGCCUGACCUGUCUGGGCCAAACAUCACCAUGGUCAGCAAGACAUGGCUUGAGGUGCAGAGGGCUGGCUGGGCCUCGCUGGAUGUGGGACAGGCCGUCCAGAGUCUCUUCAGCAAAGGGAGGCAGAGACUCACUGUAGAGCUGGAGACAGCAGAGGACUCAGGGUUUCCUCUCCUGGCUGGUCAGAGUGAUUCCCACUGGCCAUUUGUGGCAGCCCAGGCCCAGGAGAGGGCAGGUCAUCGGGUCCAGCGGCGUGGCAUCGACUGCACUGGAGACUCAUGGAUGUGCUGCCGCAAGGAAUUCUUUGUGGACUUCAAGGAGAUUGGCUGGGAGGACUGGAUCAUCCAGCCAGAAGGAUAUCACAUGAACUAUUGUGCUGGGCUCUGCCCUCUGCAUAUGGCUGGUAUCCCUGGGCUUGCUGCUUCCUUCCACACAGCUGUCCUCAACCUSAUCAAAGCCAGCAAUGCUGAUGCUGCUGUGGACUCCUGCUGUGUGCCUACACAACGCCGCCCCCUCUCCCUGCUCUACUAUGACAGGGACAGCAACAUUGUCAAGACCGACAUCCCUGACAUGAUUGUCGAUGCCUGUGGCUGUACGUAACCUCCUGCCAGAGGCAGAAGAGCAAGACCAUUGCUGAGCGGGGCUUCCUCCUUUCUCAGCUCCGCUCCAGCARUGGGAGACCUAGAGAGUUGCUGAAGGAUGGGGACCCUGCAUUGGUGUUUUUAACUCUGAAGCUUGAAGCAUCAGGGUGGUGAUGAACCUGUAAGCCCUCUCCUCUUUGACCUCCUACACAGCUCCUUUCUCUCUUCAUAUCCUCCCAGGGAUUCCUCUCUGCUCCAAACAGGAGCCCGAGAGCUGCUCCUGUUUGAAAUCAACCCCUUCUGCCUGCAGGACUCUGCAAAAAAAAACCCACAUAGUUAGCUGGUUUAGAGCAACCUCUGCCCUCUCCAGUGCUGGUCYCAUGGCCAAGGCCAUAGUGCAGCCCUUGGUGCUGCAAUGGGAACAUGUCCUUCUCAGGGAACGUGUCCCAGCCCUGGCCAGUGGGGCUGGGCUGCUGGGGAAGACACGAACCUGAGAACAAGUCGGAGCUGCCAAGGUCAGAGCAGAGAGCUCCAGCUCCAGGGUCCCACUCCAACUAGACUUGAGACUGAAGAGACUGAAGAAGGGGAAACUGCUCACCAUGGUGGGGGCAGUGCCUCCCUC